GCUACUACGUCGGCAUGUACAAAUUGGCGCCAAGCCGCCCAUUAAAAGAGGCCGGUUGGAUUUGUUGCCAAUCUUGUCACAGCCACAGACACUAAUGAUAAAUUAUGGUAUGCAUAAGCAAAAUUAUGGUAUGCAAAAGCCUUACAGCACAGACAGUGAUAUUGGCACACAGCAACAGGUAUUUAACGACGUGGACGAUCUGGAUAAUAGAGACAUAAUGAUUCCGAAUGAUGCGUCCAGUUUGCAACUUAGCACAGCAAAAUGCGCACAGGAGCUGUUGGCGUCAAUGGGACAGCAGCCAUUGAUUGGCACACAGCUGGUAGAGGGCAUCUCCAUGCUUUGGAUGUAUUACCAGCAAAUGACAACGAAGGAGAAGCUAGCACUAACGAAACAACUGCAUACACAAUUGAUGCCUCUGCUGGGGACGCACAUUUCCGCAAUGGAUAUCGACGAUUUGAGCUGCUGCUAUUUAUAUCUACGUAAAAUGCAUGUGUCCAACAGUGAUUGCACCCUAGAACGUAUACUGGCCCGUGCACUGAAGAUCAUUGAGCUGGAAGUGGGAAGAGAACUGAUCCCGCUCUCGGCACUCUCACGUCUGUUGGUGGCCAUAAAUCUGGAGCGUGAUUUCUUUACGCCGCUCGUCUGUCGCAAUUUUACGCCACAUCUGGAACGACACAUUGCCGAUUGCCAGACCGAGCAACAGGUGCGUCUGCUGUCCACGUGCGUGUUUCAACUGCACCCAUUGAUUGAUGAUGAGCUGCUGGAGGCAUUCAAGCAGCGUGUUGCGAAUCUGCUAAAAGCUCGCACGCUAAGCAGCUCCACGCCCAAGGCGCUGCUCAAGUUGCUGCAUACGCUCAAUCUACCUGUGUGGUCCAAUCGAAAUACGGCGUUGAUACGACAGUUGAUGCUGGAGCUACGCGAUUGUCUGCCACAAAUGGAGUCCAGCGAUCUGAAGAGCGUUUGUCGCACAUUUCUGCAUCAUCAAGAGCCGGCGAAGCUCAUCCAGCCGCUUAAGGAAGCCACUGAGGCACUGAUGCAACGGGAACCAUCGGCGGAUGCACUUUCCUGUGCCGUUCCCUUUGCGGAUCUGCAGCAGCGAGAUGCCUACAUUAGACAGUUUCGGGAUCUGCUAAAGUCCAAGUCCGCCUGGGAGCUGCCAAAUGCAAGUGGACACUUCUUUAGUGUGCUGCGUGCGUUGAAGAUUGCGGAUUUGCGUUAUUGUGAUGCUUAUUGGACGGCUGUGAUGGAUGAAUUGGAGACAUGCCCAAAGGAGCAGACGCAUCUGCGCUUUCUGCGCCAUUGCCAGCGCUACAUGAACUUCAACAACAAUCUGGGAGGAACCUAUCGUCAUCACGCCGUGGAACGCAAACUCAGUCGCAUGUGUCUCGAUGCAAUCGAGCACAGUGUGGCCGGAAGAUUGCCAUCCAAGUUUGCUCACUUGGCCGCCUUUGUGAUGGCCUAUGGCCACACGCCCUUUGCCUGGAAGAAGUUCCCAAAUCUGCUGCUGAGCAAAGUGCUCGCCAUGGCGCCACAGUUCGAUAUACAGGAUUGCUUUCUGUUGAGUCGAGGCAUGCAUAUCGCCUGUGAGCUGCGAUUUCGUCAACAUAUUCCCUCCCUGAUAUCCAUGCAGCUUUCCACCUUGGACAGCAUACUCAUCUCCUGCAGCGAAAGACAUCUCUCCAGCAGCGAGGAUCAGCCUCUGAACGCCAGCGAAUUGAGUGUCAUUGUGCGCACUCUCAGCCAUCGGAAAACGCUUAAGAAUACACAGAUCUAUAACGCAGCACUAUCUCGAUAUAAGAGUCUUCAAUGUGAAGAUCUCAACUCCCGUGUGGUGCGAGACAUGGCCUACAAUUUUAAUUCCUCGCACUUCUUUGUACCUGAACUCUUGGAGUCCAUGUUUGAGUAUGUGGCACAACAACAUGAACACGUCACAGGAGACACUGUGGAGAAGGUGCUCACCUGUGCCUAUAAUCUUGGCUAUACGCCCGCCUCUUUAGAUUCUUUGGACUAUGCGGCUAUGGUGCUACUCCGUGACUUUGAUCAUAUGAGCGGUCUGUCCUUGGUGCAAUCCUGUCUGGCGUUGUGCUUCUACAAGACCAUUCCGGAGCAACUGGUUAAUCAGGUUUUCUGUGUCAAGUUCAUACAGCGCAUCGAGGAUGAGAUACAGAUCUGUUACUCCAAGGCCACAUAUCCGGGUCUCGUGCUCAAUCGCGUCAUGCAGCUGAAUCGCACCGUUUGCCUGGAUCUGCCCGAGACAAAUGUGCCCUGGUUCCAACAGAACUACGUCGAGGCGCAGCUCAGCAAAAAGCCCUUUGUACCCAGCGACUUCAGCACGGAAGUCAAGCAUUUUCUGCAAGCUUUGCUCAAGGAUGAGAACUACUUUCGUUGCAAUCACACAACGCCUUAUGGCUAUCAAAUAGACUUUGUGAUACACUUCGAUAAGGAUAAAAAACCAUUGCCUGCGACGCCCGUCGAGGCCACAAUGUUGGAUCGCAUAACCAAAGUUGCCAUUUUGCUGCUCAAGCUGGACUCUUUCUGUGAGAAUGAUCUCACUGCUCUGCGUGGACCCGAAUCGCUGAAGAUGAAGCAUCUGGAAAUGAUGGGCUACAAAGUACUGCAGAUCAACGAGCAUGACUGGAACUCCAAGUAUAUGUUGGCGCCGGGCGCCAAGGCAAACUAUUUAAAAUGCCUGCUUCAAAUUUCUAGCCAGGUCUAGUAAUUAUUAUUAUGGUAAAUAUAUUGUUAAUGAGGUGCGUACUUAAGUAAAAUUUAGUUGUAGUUGUUGUUAAAGUUGUACAAAUUUUACA